AUGUCUGACUCCGUCGAUCGCGUGUUCGUUCACGCUCUAGCCACCGUCCGUCGACUACCGCGAACCGGGUCCUCACGACCGCCUCCAUCUGCUCGUCUACGGCUCUAUGGCCUGUACAAACAGUCCAUGGAGGGAGACGUCGAGUCUAUAUUGCCCCGUCCGACGCUGCCUACCGUGUCUCCCGAUCCAAACAAUUCCAGAUCGAACAAUGUCCAUCGCUAUGCCUCCCGCGACCUUCGAAUCCGCGAAGCCGAAGCCGAGAUUGAGAAGUGGGAUGCCUGGCAUAGUUGCGCUGGAAUGUCACGGACAGAAGCCAAGAGACGGUAUAUCAGCACGUUGAUCGAGACCAUGAAAGAAUAUGCAAGUGGGACGCAGGAAGCUCGCGAAUUGGUGUCGGAACUGGAAUUCGUCUGGAACCAGAUACGAAGCCAAAGCGGGAGUUCCGAGGACGAAGACGCGGAUUCGCCCACCAGGCGGCUUGAACGAGCAGGGCUGAAACAGACAAAGAGUUUUGGCAGCAUACCGCCUGGUGUCAGUCUCACAGCGGAAGGCAGUGGGGUUUUAAGCAGACUGAACUCCGACCCAAAUCGGCUGCGCGUCCUCUCGCCUGUUUCCCAGCGCGAUAGCGAUGGUGUUGUGGAAGGGGAAGAGGUGGAUCCCGAGACAGGUGCCGUGAUCGACCCUCCUCCCACGACACAACCGCCUGUGACGGAAUCCGAAUGGAGGCACCAGAUUGAAUCACAUUUACGGAAUCUGUCGACCGAAGUUGCCGCGUUACGUGAACAACUAUCAGCAAAUCACCUCCUGUCAUCGUCAUCAUUCUCUCCUUCAUUGACGUCUAGGCGGCGAAGACUCUUCUAUCGCAUGUCUGCCUGGAUGAAAUGGCUGGCCUGGGGGUUUGUCAGACAGCUUUUGAUGGAUGCUGGCCUGGUAUUACUGUUCAUCCUGUGGGCAAGGUGGAAGGGCUAUAAAGAUCGCAGGGUGGAACAUUGGGUAAGGCGUCGAUGGAAGGAGGUCGCUCGAACCCUGGCAGAUGUGGACAAGUGGCUAAGACAGUCGAUACAAGUCAUCCCCAUACCCGGUAUCUGGAAGGGUCCUUGA